AUGAACGCUAUAAUUCAACAAUAUCGACUUUCCUGGAACUCAGGUGAAGAAGAUUCUCACCGCAACAAGAAAAUUCGCAAAAGCCCUGGUAGAAUUCGAUUUAUAACUCAACCAGUCAAUUUAAAUGAUGAAAAUCUGAUGCCUAAUGUGAGAUACAUGGAUAUGGAGUGGAUUCAAACAGGCAAGAAAAUGAUUGUUCUCGGAAAGCUUGGAAGAACUCCAGUCCUCCUCACAUAUCUCUGCUCAGGAAAAAAGUACAUCCUUCUAGAAGACAUACAGCUGUCCUAUCGCCAAGCACCCUGGUACAUGUUUGCCUCCAGCAUUCAAUUUCCGGCUGUCACGAGUGACUCUCUCCACUUUCCCUGUGAUGACGCUAGAAACUCUGAUGAAGCUAAUUUUGGAGGUCUGACAUCUAGCGACACUCCAUCCACAGACGAUUUCAAUUCAGCAACUCUGAAUCACGCUGAUCGGCCUAUAAUAUUUUUCUCCCCUCACCAUCUCUUUGUCACUGAUGGAUAUAGCGUUCAACGAUGGGUCAGUCCAUGUAUGCCGGAUGCUUGUGCUCCAUUGCAUAACACUGCCGUAUGCUGUGCUAACAGCCUUAGUCUCAUGCCUUGGCUCUCGACUGCCCCAGCCUCUGUCUCUAUACAGGCCUACAUUGGAUUCCAGUCGCCGACAGGCUAUCCAUUAUUGGGGCUUUGUGAGUUCCCAAGUCACUCCCAACACGCAAAAUGCCUGAUAAAAUUUCAACUACGUCGGGAUACCCGACAGAGCCAUGGUGGAAGCCAGGCUGAGGUAACUAGCCUUCAGUGCUUGGCAGGCCCAGGGGCAAACAGCCGACUUGGCCUAUUGGUAGGCCGGCGCAACGGCAUUGUCCAGCUAUGGGACGACCGAUGGCCAGGUCAACCUGCCAUGGAGUAUUUAAACCCGCUUAUUAUGAGACAGGAUACUUCCCCUCCUGGUCGCCCU